UAAUAUCCUGGGAGUAUUUAAACAAUGCUAUGCUCUAAUAGUUAUUACCGUAUUUAAACAGAUAAAACAAGGAGAAAGAUUAGCAUUUAAGCAUUCCUGGCAACGAUAAUUAUGGCAUUUACCCAAAUCGGUUGUUCGUCGUCUUAUCAAGAUUCACUUUGUUUACAAAAUUCUUCACCACCUACAACAGUACUCUCGAGUAAUGAAAUAAAUCGAAUUGGAGAUGGAUUUUUGACAUCUGUUUACGAUAAGAAGAAUAGCUUCUGGAAAUCGGAGGUAUCUACUUCUGAUGUAGUGCAGAAACAAGAAGAACAACAUUUUUCGCGAAAUCCAUGUAUUCAUCCUGGUCAAAAUAGCGAGAAACUGGAAUUAUUUGGUAGAAAUUUACUAGAUGAUAAAUGGUCUCAUGAGUUACAGCAUCCAGCAGUAGAAUUAAAAGAAACGGAAGCAAAAACACAUGAAAAUUUGGAAGUUUUAUCAUCGUCAAACAGAUUAGUAGGCACUUUUAAUCACUUAUCAUCAACUUCCACAUAUCAUUUCCAGCAUUAUCCUAAUCCUAAUCAUCAUCAUCAUGAAUAUCCACCAAACUAUAAUAUCCCUGGACAACAUUCAUAUCAACAUAAUCGACAGCACGCCGUUAACUCAUCAGUUCUUUCAGAUCCAUAUGAAUCAGCUAACUGUAGGCAACUGAAGGGAAUCAGUGACUUAGGAGUCACUUUUUCAGGCUGUUCAGAAAUGAAUUUACCAGAAAACACAUUGCCCUUAAAAUUAAAUGUAUCAUCAAGACCCAGUCUUUCAUCUUCGUCCUCCGUGGUGUCGUCAGGUUCAUCAUCUUCGUGUGUUCAAGUCGAAUCUCAAGUGGUUAACAGUGAAUUCAACAGUAAUUGUAUUGGUAAUAACACCCAAGAUUUCGCCUGUGGAAGUAAAUGUGAAGACAAUUUGGUGGAAUAUACUAAUUGUACUCCAUACUUGAAUAAAUUAUUUUCAGCCAAAAUCCUUUUCACCAAUACAGAUCGUUCGCAACAUCAAAAUCAUUUUACUGGUAACGAUAAAAUAAAUUGCAUCAGUGAUAGAAGUAAUGCUAUCAGUAGUAAUCAACAUAUGAAUUGUUCUACAGAGAGAAAGUCUCAUAUCCUUCACGCAUUGUCUUCAGAUCCUCCAUGUACUUCAGAUACUACCACUGAACAGUGUACUGGUGUCAAUGAUAAAAAUACUCUUAUUAACGAUAGAAAAUAUGAUCAUUUUAUAGUGGAUUACGAAAAAUUUCAACCAAAUGAUCAUAAACUUUUAUCUGAAACCAGUACGACACGAAAUACUCAAAUGGAUGUUUGUGAUCAGUAUACUUUGAAAAGGAAAAUCAGUACAGGAUUAAAAGAACAGUCAUUAUCAUCAUUGUCACCAAUGACACCUAUAUUACCCCGUGAAUGUAGCACAAUUCAUUCACUUGCACAAGUUUUGGAUAGUAAAAUCAACUCUCCACAGUCUCCAACGAAUUGUUCAUCAGUAAAAGAGUCUAUAAAUCCGAACAUAACAGUUUCGUUGAAUGGUUCACUACUUCAUUGUACAUCUUCCAUCCAUCCUUCAACAACGAACGUUUAUUCCCAUGUUUUGAAUUCACCUCAUUCAAAACAGUUGUCUUAUUCAAGAACGCAUCCUAAUGAGUUGUCGAACGAUCAUCAUCGGUUCUUUGCUCAAAAUAAUGCUAAUAGUGGUCCUUAUUCAUUUUCAGCGAAACCACCACAACAUUUUUUCCCCAGACAUGCUCAGAAUCCUAGUCAUCCUAACGCAUAUCAGUCAGUUUACUUACAAAAUGGACACUUGAGAAAUUUUAGCCAACCCGGUGCCGUUAACAGUGGACAUUCAAAUCAUCAGGGAUUCACCUAUGGAUUGGAUGGUGCUAGAAGAAAGAAUGCAACUAGAGAGAGUACUACUACAUUAAAAGUUUGGUUACAAGAACAUAUGAAAAAUCCAUAUCCUACUAAAGGUGAAAAGAUAAUGCUUGCAAUUAUCACAAAAAUGACACUGACACAAGUUUCUACAUGGUUUGCUAAUGCUAGACGACGUUUGAAAAAGGAGAACAAAAUGAGUUGGCCCCCAAAAUCAACCGUAAGUAUUGAAGAGAAGAGUCUAAAUCAUCCCAAUUCAUCAUGUGAAUCAAGUAUAAAUUGUACUGCAAGUGGAAAAUCUUCACAGCGUAUAAAUUUAAUAGAAAAACUUCAUAAUAAUCAAGGGAAUCAUGCACCUUCAGACAUAGAGGAUAACAAUGAGGGAAGAAUAACUUCUGAUAAUGAUGACGAUGAUGAUGAUGAGAAUGACGAUCAACUAAUAGAUGAAGAUGAAGAAGGUGACAUAGAUGUGGAUAACGAUGGCGAUAUAAGAAACACUAUGAAUGGCACUUUACUAGAGUAUGAAAAAUUCGAACCAAACUCUGUAAAUUCAUCCCAUCAGCAUACUGUACCUCAUUCAUCCUUUACACCACACAUGCAUAAAGAUAUUUCACUUUACGAUGAUAAUUCAAGGAACUACAUAAGUGACUUUGCCAACAGUACAAAUUCUGACCUCUUAGAAAAUUCUGAUAAAUAUAUUCGGUUAAGAGGAGAAAAAUCAUCCCUUAUUCGAGUCAGCCAUAAUUUAAACCCACAUUUCACAAGUACACAAGCAUGCUCACAGUUUACAAGUUUUUCAGAUAAUCACUUUAGUAAUGAUAACCAUAUUCCACAAUCAAACCAGCACAAUACUUCCAAUUACUUCAAUGCAACACACGAAUUACAUACAGUCAAUGAAUAUUUUCCUGAUAAAACUGAAAGGACUCCUAUCGUGACUACAAAUGCUUCUAUCACCAUUGAUGAAAGUGAGACACCCUCUACAUUUCAUCAAUCUAAACCACCCUAUCUUUCAGAAUCCUCUGAUUUCGUAGACAAAUCUUUUACUUCUAGGAACGGUCAUCUUGAUAUUUCCCUCCACUCUUCAGUUACGCAACAUUAUCUCCCUAACUCAUCUGUUCUAUAUUCAAAAAGUGUUCAUCCAAUGCCACUAUACAAUACCAACAGUUCUGAAAGUAAUCUGAUGACCCAAAAUCCCAGCUUCUUCCGGUCAAACAACAAUAUAAUCCCUGAAAAUGCGGGUGUGUUUACAUCUUCAACAGACUGUGUUACUUCCUUAAGGACUAGGCCAUUCGUUGAUAAUGUCAUGCUGAAUACAAACUAUCUACAAUCAAACUUUUGCUAAGUAAAUUCAUUUGGUAGUCUAUAAAAGAAUACAUAUACUUAAAUGAGCAUCUGAUCAACAUUUGUAAUUACUUAAAAGACGAUAACAAUAGGUCAACAAGACAAUCAUUUUCAAAAGUAAAACCAAUAACUAGAUAAUCCGUUUGAUUAAAAAAAUGACAAAAGUCUAACUUUAUUUUUGACUUUGUCUUGUUUGAUAUAGUUAUUUUAAUACUUAGUAAUAGGUGGAACAGUAAAUUAAUUUUUGCAUGUAAAAAUAAGACUAUGUGAAUAUUAAUAUAGACAUAAAUGAAUGUUUUCAUUAUAACCAAUGGUUGACUGUGUGGAUAAAUGCAUGAAUAGUUGUAUAAAUAUAGUUUAAUUUGUAUUCGCACAACUGUUAAAUAUUUCCACUCAUAUAUAUAUAUAUAUAUAUAUAUAUAUA